CUGGCUGCACCUGGCUGCUCCUGGAUCCCUCCUCUCCGAGCCCUUGGGGAGCGGCGGCUGGAGCCGGGUUCCCGGGAAGGAGCCGCGCGCAGGAGCCGGUGCCCACCGCGGGAGGGGCGGCGACGGCUGCAGGAGCGACCUCCCGGAGGCGACGAAGCCGCGAUGGCCGAGUUCCCGUCUAAAGUGAGCACGCGGACCAGCAGCCCCGCGCAGGGCGCUGGCGUGUCGGUCUCGGCGCUGCGCCCGGACCUGGGCUUCGUGCGCUCCAUCCUCGGCGCGCUCAUGCUGCUGCAACUGGUGCUGGGGCUGCUGGUGUGGGCCCUGAUUGCCGACACCCCGCACCACCUGUACCCAGCCUACGGCUGGGUGAUGUUCGUCGCUGUCUUCCUCUGGCUGGUGACAAUCGUCUUCUUCGUCCUCUACCUGUUUCAGCUGCACAUGAAGUUGUACAGGGUGCCCUGGCCGCUGGUGUUGAUGGUAUUUAACGUGGGCGCCGCCGUUCUGUACGUCACGGCCUUCAUCACCUGCUCCGCCUCGGUCGAGCAGACGUCCCUGAAGGGCACCCGGCCGUACAACCAGCGUGCGGCCGCCUCGUUCUUCGCGUGUUUAGUGAUGAUCGCCUACGGAGUGAGCGCUUUCUUCAGCUUCCAGGCCUGGCGAGGAGUGGGCAGCAACGCAGCCACCAGCCAGAUGGCCGGCGGCUACGCCUGAACCACCCAGGGCUGAGGCCCACCCGGGGGCUGAAGGCCGUGGCCGGGUCACGGUGCGGCUCGGCCUAGAAGGGACUGCACUUGCUCCUCGCUGACCGUCAGACUUGGGCUCAGCUGGCAUGCCGAGGGAACCAGCCUCCUCCCUCUGGCUCGGCCUGUCGGUGUGCGCGUGGGUUGGAAAGAGGCCAGCAGCCGAGACCUCCUCCACCUCCUCCUCCCCCUCCCCCUUAUUCAGCAGAAGGUGACGGGGGAUACGGGGCUCACUGUCCCUGCUUUGUCUUUAGAGGACCUCGGCGUCCAAGGCGGGGCCCAGCUUUCUCACCAGCACUAAACACACUAACGAGGACUCAGCCCCGCCGCCCCGACCCACCGUAGAAUAAGCCUAACGAGCAGCACGUGUGCGGCCUCAUCACGGCCGUUGUUCCGGCCGCGCUGAGCAAGGUCAGGAGACCGUCUGACUCCUGGAAACGCGGUUCCGACCGGCCCUCCCCCAGACCUACAGGUCGCUUGUUGGGAAAUGUUUCUGACAGCUCCGUCUCUCUCUUCCUGUGUCUCGGACAUACCACCUAUUAAAAGCAAACUGGUUUUCAGCAGCUUCUCCACGAUGGAAACCGGUCUCAAAGGGCCUUUUUGCGAAGGCCCUUGGGGAACAGCGAGCAUCAGUGUGACUGUGCCCCUGACACCGCUGAUGAGACGCGUGGGACAUGAAGAGGGGGGGCGGUGUCGGGACCUCGCUCGGUGAGCUGUCACGUGCUUGGGGGUGACCGUUGUUUUCAGGUUUUUUGUGUUUUGUUAUGUUUUGUUUUUUUACAAAAAUAAA